AUGAACGUGUGCGCACUUAGACGGGCACCCAGCAAGCAGAAAGCACUGGCUGACACGGAAUCUGUGUGGAACUCUGCGCCUGUGCUGGCCUGGUGUGGGAUGUGGCGUGGGCAGGAUGUGGCCGUGGGCAUCUGGCCCUACAGGUUUCUCCACCAUCCCACUUCCUCCACACCCCCACCUCCUGCCCCCGCCAUCGUCCCAUCCCUCACUCCAAACUCCUCCUCUGAGGGAGGAGGAUUUGGCAGCUCUGUGUAUCACCUGCCCAUUUCAGGCAUCAACAUUUAUGAGCCAGCGCCCCCUACUGGCCCCACUCGGCAGCCCCUGGAGACGCUGGGCAACUUCCGUGGGUGGUACAUUAGGACUGAGCAGCUCCAGCACAACUGCAGCUGGACAGUGAAGCAUCAGUGUGUGGAUCUGCUGGCCGAGGGCCUGUGGGAGGAGCUUCUUGAUGACGAGCAGCCAGACAUUACUGUCAUGGACUGGUUUGAGGACAGCCGGCUGGACGUGUGUGUCUAUGAGUUGCACGUCUGGCUGCUGGCAGCUGACCGACACACCAUCAUUGCUCAGCACCAUGUGGCCCCCCGGACCUCUGGGAGGGGCCCUCCUGGCCGCUGGGUCCAGGUGUCCCACGUAUUCCGCCAGUAUGGCCCUGGUGUGCGAUUUGUCCACUUCCUGCACAAGACAAAGAACCGCAUGGAGGCUGGUGGGCUGCGGCGAACAAGGGUGACUGACUCCUCCGUGUCUGUGCAGUUCAGGGAGUGACUGGCUGUUUUGACCCCUUGUCUCAACCUGAGUGUCUGACUUCACCGCCCCCCUCCCCAAACGGAGGGCAGGGACCAUGUCUUCCCGAGGCAGUGCUCAAAGACAGUAGGUGCUCAAUAAAUCCUUGUUGACUAAACCAGUAAACACCUGUGCCCAAGGA